UGUGAUAGUGAUGGUGCUUGUGAUCAUGCUAGCGGCAGAACAAGAGGCGCGGGGCGCUAGAAAGCGCGGGAAGGGCAAGAUUGCCAAGAAGACGAGGCCGUGUAGGAAGGAGAGGAACAGGCAGUGGUGCAACAAGGACAACGUCGAGGAAAUGCUCAAGAAUCACACGGCUGUGCAUAAGGAAAAUAUCAAGAAAGCGCUGGAAGAAACAGAACAAGAAACCUGCCCAGCAGGGGAAAGAAAUCUCAGAGAUGAUGACAGCAGAGACCCGAACGAGAGAUCUCUGUCUCCCUGGACUUACGUCAAAAACGAAUCCGCCAACCGGAUUCCGGGCACGUAUGUCGAAGCGAAGUGUCUCUGUGACGGGUGCCUUAUCUAUGGAAAGGAUGGCGUCUCGGUGGAAAACAGCAAGGACUAUGAAAGCCUGCCUAUAAAGACCAGCCUCCCUAUCCUGACCAGGUACGACUGUAAGGGGAAGAAGUGUCGGGAGAGGCUGGAGAUCGCCCAGGUUACCGUAGGCUGUGUGUGUGCCACUCGGAAGCGUGCAACUGUUCCACCGAGCCAGUGAAAUAGCUGGCCGAUGUUCAUCCACACUAGUUCAUCUUUAUCCGCGGGGUAACCUAUAUCCGUUGCUAUAUUAAACUGCAAUAUUUUAAGAUAUUGGAGUAUUACUAUUUCAAAUAUUGCAGUUUAAAACUACCUUACGUCAACUUGAUAUCCCUAAGCACCCUGUUUUUAAAAACAGUAGAUAUAGGUCACCCCACGGAUAAAGGCGAACUAGCGUUAACGUUACCUUUUGUUAUGCAGUAAUCAGGAAUUGACGUAACGUUAUAGUCAUCUUUAUGUCAGAUUUGUAACAAAAUGAAUGGAGGAAAUAUCUGGACGAUGUUCAUUCACACUUGGUGUGCUUAAUUUGCAACAAGUUUAAAACUAUAGUAAUACGGUUCUAACUUAUAGUCAUGUAGUUACGUAACUUUCAAGAAUUGGCGUAAUGCUAUAGUCAUCUGUAAGUUUGGUUUGUAUCAAAAUGAAUGGAGCAGAUAUGUGAACGACAAAGUUACCGAGAUAAGUAAUUUGCUUAGUAAAUUUUGUUCAUGAUAUAUCAUAGAUUGUUUUUCCAAAAAAUGACUCGUACUAAAGGUACGCAAAUAUGCCACUGUACCUCCCUAUGGGAAUAUUGUUGAUAUUUGUAAAAUAUCAUGAGAAAAUUGGAGUUAUUGCGGCACAAAUGAUAGCUCGUUAGCAAAGCAUUGUAGCACAGAGAACGUUGUAUAACGUUAUGUUACUUGUUUUACAUAUUAUGCGGAAAAGUGACAACAUAAAAACUAUCCAACAUUUUUCUGUCUUAGUUCGUGUACCUGCCAUGUGCGUAUUGCAAGAAAUAAGGAUAUGCAGGCAAAUAUUUUAAAUUCUAGUUUGAUUAUGUUUAUACCAA